AUGAAGCGAUCCUUCGAGGAGCUGUCCGUCGAGGUCUUAGGCGCUCAGACCUCAAGCGACCGACGUGGCAAGCGCGGACGUGUCGGCGAUCCUGAAGAAAGACCUCCCAUUGCCACCUGGAGAUGCAACCUCCUGCACAACCUUUACUUUGUUGCGUCCAAGGAGAAAAUCUAUGUCUACGAGCCGCAAUUCCCUGCCCAGCGGCUUCCGCCACUGCCUUCCUUGAUUGUGCAUUGUCCUCCAUCCCGACCUGGUCUCCCGGGAUGCAUCGAUCCACGACAACCACGGUGUAUCAAUUACCUGGUCGUACAGCUUCUCGGGAACGAAGAGAUCCUUGCCGUAACUCGAGACGAUGGCGAUGUGGAUGCUUUCCUGGUCAAGCAUGUCCUCUCGGCUAUCGGAAGGCAAGUGGAGUCGCAGAGUAGCAUCAGCAUUCUGGUUGAUAUGAAACCAUUCUUCCAACGCAACGUAGGAGAAUCAGCAUGGGGACUUGCUGUACACGCGGAAGCUCGCAUUAUUGCCGUCAGUGCCAACACACAUGCCGUUACGAUCUUCAAGUUCGGGCUUGUCGAUCAUCAGAGUGGCGAGGAAGCGACUAGCUUCGAAGGUCGAGAGUCGGAUGUCACGCACCGUGUGCUGAACGGCAAUACGAACAUCCCGUACAUUGCAUUUUGCAACACUGGUGAUGAUCCGGAAGGUCGAUGCGGACACUGCUGCUGUAUUGACAUCCACACCAUGCAAAGAUCGCCGAGGUUCUCAUUCGGACCUGCGAGAGACACUCAUGCUCAGUUUGACCGCGUCAAUGCUGGUUGGUUGGUGAUGUUUCUCGACCGAAGGAGCUUCGUCCGGGAAGCCACCGCGGAGGCAGCGCUCGGAAUGGAGCUAGACGCUAUCUCGCCCGACAAACCUGAUGGACGUGAUCUGUGGGACAUUUCGGCUACUGCCACGCUUGUCUCCAACCGCGCAGCAAGAUUUGCACUGAGGCCCAGAGCGUACUCGCCAAUUGGCAAUGUAGGAUCUCCGCAAGAUCAGAUUGACGAGGAUGCUUCUCUCACUGAGAGUGCCACGGAGCUUGACGAUGUAGAGGCGUCGGUCUCUGGUGAUGUCAGUAUGGCCGACGAUGAGGAUGUUGACCAUGACGACUCCGACUCCGACUCUGGCGACUCUCAAUUCUACACUGGAUAUGAGGAAGACGAGACUGACGAAGAGGACGCAAUUUUGCCGUCAUUCCCACCAUUUGGGCCCGUCAACGACACCUUGCAGGCGCUGAGAAGCGACGGAGAGAAUCCUUUCGGCAAGACAUCGUGUCCAAUUCUGCAUACCUCAUUUCGGAGCGCCUAUCUUCUCCAACCCUCGCAGGACAAAGUCACUUUCAGAGACGUCCUCCGACAAGUCGUCCCUCACGACCACAGCAUGCUCAACGCCUUCGAACGCCUCAACAUGACCGCCUAUAUUCCCUCCCUCGGCGUCGUCAUUCUCGCCUCCCAAAAAGGCCGUGCGGUUGUCCUCACCUUGACGAAAGUCAAGAAGUCAUCCAAAUAUCCCGAGCAUCUGCAACACUCGGCCUACCACACCAAGACCGACUACGCCAUGCGGGUUGAACAUAUUCUCCCAUUCGCGGAGCAGGAGAAGAGAGGCGAACGGCCUUUCAUGCCGCUGUUGGGAAUCGCUGCGGGUCCAAUGCAGGGUACGGAGGAUUUGCCGGCUGAGAGGCAGAGGUGGCGAUUUAUGAUGUACUAUUGUGAUCAUUCGGUGUUGAGCUAUGAGAUCAGUCGGUCGAAGGGGAGAGAUUCGAGUGCUGCGUUUGAGACGGUGGUCGUGUGA